GUUACAAGAUAUAAACAAAGCACUAGAAAGAUAGAAAAAGAGAGAGAGAGAAAGAGCAAAAGGCAGAAAGAGCGAGGGAGAGAAAGAGAGCAGGACAGAAAGAAAGUAACAGAAGUCCAAGCAAGUCCUGAAUAUGAUUGUUGUGAAGUUUACAACUAUGAAGAACUAAACAACUGGUAUCAGACACAAAUAUAGAAGAUUAAAGAUUAUUCUGGAUGCAGCAUCUGUCGAACUUGUACAGCAGGCAUGAGCAGCUCCUGUGCAACACUGGCCGAGGUCCUGUGGGCAAAAGGAAGCUCUUUGGAGGAAGAAGAUAUAUGGGCACUCUUGUACCUGUCCACACUGCAGCUUCUGGAAGACCUUCACAAAGACCCUGCCAUCUGCGUGAUUUGUCCAUGGUCAGUACUACUGUCUGCUGAAGGAAAUUUGUCCUUCCAAAACAAUGCAUCUCAGACAGAAGCUAUCCCUUUCAGCGCACCAGAAUUACUCCACAGACAGAACAAAAACCAGCGCAUUGGACUAACAAAGAUGUUGGUGUAUUCCUUAGGAAUGACCCUCUAUUGGUCAGCAGACUAUCAGGUUCCUCCAAAUCAGUCCCUCCAGCUGAGUGACCAAUUACACAGUCUCUUGCUAACGCUAUGUGAAGAUCUGCCACAUAAAAGACUUUCUCCUGAAUCAAUUCUGGAAGCAUGUGAAGCACAUCAGAAGGAAUCUUCUUCCUUACCAGCAAAUAUCUACAUAAAGAAAAUGGUCCAGUUUGUCCUGGGAAGUGUCAGUGAGGUAGAACGAGUAGCCACUGAAGAGAGUAUAGUUUCUCAGCUUAACAGAAGUCAUGUGAUAAGGAAGAGACUACAUGAGAAAAUACCAGAUACCUCACCACUGUUCUCCCAGAUGAAUUUUCACCAAGACAAAGGGUCCAGACUAAUGAAUUAUAGUCGGUCAACAGAAGAUUACAGACAACUGUCCGUGGACUACAGUGACACUAAUAGCAUUUCAGAAAGUACAUCUUUGAUACUGUCUAACCGAGGACACAGAAGAGGGAGAGUUGCGCAGACACACAGGUCAUGGGAUCCCGCCCUUAGUGGAUCAAGGACGCAAAGCAGCUACAAGCUCUUCAUAAACAGGUCGGUCAGUGCUGUAGAAGAAAUCCCUGGCGGAGCUCACAAGAAUAGCAGACACAAUCUGCUGAGUUUAGGCUCCACCUUCUCUGUGUCUACAAAGGACUACACAGCAGCUGCUACAUCACAGAAAUGUUUGUUCCAAAGGAAGGAAAAGUUUUCAGGUCCAGAAUUUAUUAUUUUGUCUAGUGAACCACCAGUGACCUUACAGCUGCCUGGAUCAAUUGUGACUAAGAAAGGAAAAUCCUAUUUGUCCCAAAGGGAUCUCAAUGUGAUUCUACUCAAUGGUCAGUGCCUUGAGGUACAAUGUGACAUCAAGUCCAAGGCAAGAGAUGUUUUCAAUACUGUGGUGGCAUAUGCAAGCUUGGUGGAACAUUCCUACUUUGGCUUGGCUUACCUGAAAGGUAAAGAGUUUUUCUUUUUGGAUGAUGAGACCAAGCUCUACAAAGUGGCCCCAGAUGGCUGGAAUGACCAACCAAAGAAGAAAACCUCCAUCAUCAACUUCACACUCUUUCUAAGGAUAAAAUUCUUUGUCAACCACUUUAAUGUUAUCCAGCACAGCUUGACAAGACAUCAGUUUUACCUGCAGCUGCGUAAAGAUAUUUUGGAAGAACGGUUAUAUUGCAAUGAUGAGACUGCCCUGAAACUUGGUGCUUUGGCUUUACAGGCAGAGCUUGGCAAUUAUGCUUCUGAGGUACAUGGAAAGAGUUAUUUUCGUGUUGAAGACUACAUUCCAGCAAGCCGAAUAGAGAAAAUGACCCUGGCAUACGUACAGCGAGAGCUUGCUAAAUUACAUCGUAUGAAUCGCUCCCUAUUUGAGGAUGAAGCUGAACUAGAAUUUUUAAAGGUAACUCAGCAGCUUCCUGAAUACGGAGUGCUAUUCUAUCGUGUGUCUCAAGAGAAGAAAGGAACGGGAGGGGAUAUCAUCUUGGGAAUCUGUGCCAAAGGCAUCAUUGUAUAUGAGGUCAAAAAUCACACAAGAAUUGCCAGUUUAAGAUUCCAGUGGCGUGAAACAGAAAGAAUUUCAGCUCAUAGAAAGAAAUUCAUGAUUGAAAGUAGCUUCAGUGGCAAGAAACACACAUUCAUUACUGAUACAGCAAAGACAUGUAAAUAUCUACUGGACCUCUGCUCAGCCCAACACAAAUUCAAUGCACAGAUGAAUUCCAGGCAACUUCGGCAAACUUCAUCAGAGGAAAGUAAAUUUAUGGAAAUAGACAAAUCAAAUUCUGCAUAUGCAGCUCAGCAUGAGCACCUUGCCCUGAUUCAGAGACUAUCUCGUUCAGAAAAUGUGCUGUAUGGGACAAACCUGGAAAACCUUUCUGCUGGGAUGAUGAGCAAGUCUUGUGAUAACCUCAGUGUGGAAACCAACAACAGGACAAGAGACAAAAGCAAUCUUGGCAGAUCCACAUCAGGGCUAUCCCAGUCAGAAACGCACAUCAACUUGAAUGGAAAGCAAAGGAGUUAUGACUACCUUUCUAUUCAUUCAACUCAGAACACAAUCAGUGCACCUGGAUCACCAGCCAUCCAAAAAGAAGUUUUGCUAAGUGGUCUAGAAAGAGAAAUUAUUUGUGUCAGCCUAAAACGUGACCCUAAAAAUGGUUUUGGUUUUGUAAUUAUUGGAGGAGAAAAUGUAGGAAAAUUAGACCUCGGUAUCUUUAUCGCUUCAAUCAUCCCUGGGGGACCUGCAGACAGAGCUGGAAAUAUCAAACCAGGGGGACGACUCAUCUCUGUGAAUAAUAUUAGUCUUGAGGGUGUUUCGUUCAAUACUGCAGUUAAAAUUAUACAAAACUCUCCUGAUGAAGUUGAGCUGAUCAUCUCUCAACCCAAAGACAUGUAUGAAGAAGGAUUAAAUGAAGAAAAGAGUAUAUCAAGGGGAAACAGCACUAGUGGUUCUGAGAUCUCUUGUGUAGACAGUGGAAGAAAAAAGAUUCAAGACUGUCGUGCAGCUCUUCCCAAAGAACAGGCCGUAAAUAUAGAUGAACUUGAGAAGGCUCUGUCUUGGAGUUUAGCACCAAAACUGGGCCCAAAGAUUCCUGUUCUUUCAGCAAAUAGCCUGGAUGUGGAGGAGGCUGAUUCUUCACGCUUACAACAUCCAGAUGAAAAUGAAUCAAAUGAAACCUACACUGUGGAGCUUGUUAAAGAAGAUGGGACUUUUGGAAUCAGUGUGACUGGUGGAAUUAACACUAGUGUGCCUCAUGGUGGGAUAUACGUGAAGUCAAUUAUUCCCAGGGGACCGGCAGAUAAGGAUGGACAAAUAAAGAUAGGUGAUCGUCUGCUGGAAGUAGAUGGAAUCAGCCUCUGUGGCCUCACACACAAGCAGGCUGUGGAAAACCUUAAGAAGUCUGGACAGAUUGCCAAGCUGGUUCUAGAAAGGGGACACCAUCAAGUAGCAGAUCCAUGCCUGAGUACUAACGACAGAAAAGAGGACCAAUGUGCAGUUGUUUCUGUGGCAACAUCCUUCACAGAUGGCACCAAGGACUACUGCUUUUUGACAGAUGAUAAUACAUUUGAAGUCAAACUGACAAAGAAUUCUGGAGGCCUUGGCUUUAGUGUUCUUCAGAUGGAAGAAGAUGGCUGUGAACAUCUUGGAGGAGCUAUUGUCAGGAUCAAAAGGCUGUUUCCAGGGCAGCCAGCAGAAGAGAAUGGAGAAAUUGAAGUUGGAGACAUCAUUUUGGCUGUGAAUGGGAAACCUCUUCGAGGACUCUUGUAUCAGGAUGUCCUGCACUUGUUGAGAGGAGCUCCUUCAGAAGUCACGCUACUUCUCUGCAGACCACCAAAAGGUGUUCUUCCAGAAAUUGAGCAAAGUGCCCUGACUCCAGCACCAUCUCCAGUUAAGGCAUUAAUGGCAGAGAUGCCAGGCAGUCCAGAGGCAGGAAAUAGUUUAGGCCCAUCUACCAGUGAUGGAGGUAGCACCUCUCAAGACCUUGAAGACUGUUUGGAUUCUCCACUGGCAGCAGAUUUCAGUGAGCCUCCUGAAGAGGAGAGCUCAACUUACGAAGACCAGGAAGCAGAGUCUCAAGAGAAUCCCAUCCAGAGACUUAUGCCUCCCAGGGAAAGUUCCUAUAAGGAUCUGUGGAAGUUUCAUCAAGAAGCUGCCAGUUCUGAAGAGUUCCACUCCCUAGAGGAAGAAGUGAAGCAGAACUGCUACUCACCAUGUGAUCUUGGAUGUGCUGAAAACCCUGUGUUUAAUAAGAAUGAUGGUGACCUAUCAAACAGAAAUUGUAUGUCUGAAAUUCUCUCUCUAACCCCUAUUGAUGAAGAGUAUCUCACCAUCAGCUCAACAUCUGUGACCUCACUUUCACGAGGAGGAAGCACAGAGACUCUCUCCACAACCUUGGUGACCCCACAACCACGUGUCUGUGGCCCUUUCUCAUCAUCCCUGUCUGCUAGAGACACACAGAACAGUGACAAUGAAUGGGAAGACUUGGAGGAACUCGAGGAAGAGAAGGAGGAAAAAGAGGAUUGCACUAUGGAAACAGAGAUCUUUGUGACUUUGACAAGGUCAGAGAACAAUGGUUACGGAUUUUCAGUGGUUCUUAACAAAGUGGACAACUGUCUUUAUGUUGAUGAAAUCUUGCAUGAGCCUGCCCUGUCAGAUGGAAGGCUGAGAAGGGGAGACAGAAUCAUUAUGGUGAACGGAAUUGAUGUCACACCUUUACAAUGCAAUGAAGCCCUGACUUUACUGCAGAGCUCUCCUCCUGAUCUGCACCUCGUGGUUGGUCGUGCUGGCAGCAAUCCAUGUCCUUCUGUUAGGCCAGAUGACAUUCCAGAAAUCACUCUCACAAAAGGUGCCAAUGGACAGCUAGGCUUGAAGCUGACGGGAGGAGCUGGAAGCAAGCUACAAGGUAUUUAUGUGCUAGAGAUAGUGCCUGGCUCUCCUGCCAGUGUGGAAGGCAGUCUGCAGCCACGAGAUCAGAUUCUGUACAUCUGUGGGCUGUGGACUGAGGGCAUCAGCCUGGAUGAUGCAGUGAGAGUGUGUGAAGCUGCCACCCAGAAUGUCCAAAUCAAAGCAACAAGAAACGGCAAUCCAGUGGUUCCUAUAGAGCAAGAAAAUAGGCCGCCUGCUGAGACAGAAAAAGACAAUACUUGUCUCUCAAAAGAAAACCUGAAUUCACAAGACCAGCAUCUGCUAAAUAAACACGAGAAACAUCUGAAGGAAACAAAUUGUGAUGCUCAACAAAGCACUCCCAAUUCUCCAGAAAGUAAGGACUUCAUUAUUAAGAUAGAAUUGGAAAAAGCAGAAAAUGGAAGCCUAGGAUUUGCACUGGUAGGUGGCAGAAAUGGCAGGGCUAUCCUAAUAAAAGCCAUCAGCCCAGACAGCAUCGCAGAUCUAGAUGGGAGGCUUCAAGUUGGUGACAUCUUACUUAAGGUAAAUGAGACUUUAGUGUCUGGUCUACCACGCCAUACAGUUAUAGAUUUGCUGCGCAAGGCUCAAGGCACUGUUCAACUCACUGUCUGCCGAAGGGCAGCUUCACGUUGGGCUUACUCAAGCAACCAGAGAAACAGUAUACCAUCCCCUCCAAAUGCAAACACAGAGCCUGAUGAUCACAGUGUUGAGAGAAGCCUAGGAGCUCAACCUGUUUUCACUUUGAAGGAAGAAUCCAACUGGAUGUGCAGCAAGGGUCCAGAAAGUACAUACUGUUCCCCUCUGCAAGGUCAAUUUGUUGGACAAGAUUAUCAGGGUAUCACCAGUAACACUUCAGAUGGAUCACAGAAAUACGCAGGAUAUGAAGGCUGCAGAAGAGAGAGUCAGCAGUCUGAGUCAGAUAGCUGGAACAAUGAAGAUGACGAUAUGUCCCACAGGACUUCUAUUCUACCUAGAAGCAGAACCUUUGUUUCUGAAGAUGAACUGACUCGUUUAAUUAACUUUAAAUCCUCACCAACCGGAGUACAUCCAAGGACUGGCAUCAGACAUUUUAUUCAAGGCCUUCAGUCACGGAUUGAGAAUCAAGAGGUCUUUAAAGAGUUUAUGGCUUUGGAACAUGUGAAACCAAUAGAUGACUGCAGAACUGGCAAAGCACCAGAAAACCGGGAUAAAAACAGAUAUCAAGAUAUUCUUCCAUAUGAUAAGACACGAGUUCCUCUGGGAGAAAGCAACGGCUACAUUAACGCAAGUUAUAUUAGAAUGAACGUUGGAGAAGAGGAACACUUCUAUAUCAUAACUCAAGGGCCUCUGCCUUCUACUAUGGCUGAUUUCUGGCAGAUGGUUUGGGAGAGUGAAUCAGAUCUGAUUGCCAUGAUGACAAAAGAAGUGGAGCUUGGAAAAGUGAAAAGUCAUCGAUACUGGCCAGAACCUCCACAUGACUCCAUAGAUCUGGCUAAUUUCCAUCUCAGGCUAGACAGUUACCAGAUUUUGGAAUACUUCACAAUUAGAAUAAUAGAAAUGAUCAACAAGCAGACAGAUGAGAGGCGAAUUAUAAGUCAUUUGCAGUUUACCACUUGGCCAGACCACAGUACUGCCAAACUGUCUGAGCAGCUUGUAAAAUUUAUUUGUUAUAUGAGAAAAGCUCACAGGAGAGGACCUGUUGUUGCUCACUGCAGUGCUGGGAUAGGAAGAAGUGGAGUUUUGCUUUGUGUUGAAAUUCUUCUGAGCUAUAUAGAAAAAGAUCUCUGUUUCAACAUCAAGCACAUAGUGAGAGAUUUGAGAGAACAGCGGUUUGGCAUGAUCCAAAGUAAGGAUCAGUAUUUAUUCUGUUACAAAUUUGUGCUGCAAGUCCUUCAGAACCUUCAAGCAGUGGAUUCCUAUUGACUGCAAUGUGACUCUUCCCUGGAAUUGUCCUCCUCGGACUCCAGGGACCAUUCAGCUAUUGCUUUAAAGGGAUGUCAAGUGUUAUAUUACAUGCUCUAAUAGAUUACUCUGAUUCCUAAGACAUUUAAAAACCUUGCUUAACAUGCCCUGGGUAAGUCAUUUAAAUCUCGUCUCAGAGUUUGGAGAAGGAGCCAGUCAGAACUGCAGCACUGCUGUUAAAAUGUCAUGGACAUCUUGUGUGUUCUGUGUAAUAACAUUUAAACUGCUAAGAAAAUAUUUUUGAACUCUGACAGGGAGGUAGCAGCCUUCAGAAUUUGCUGUCCACAGGGCAACUAAAAAGAUUAAAGACUCUGCUGGUGUUGGUGGAAGAUUUGUUGUCUCAUACAUACAGCAUUCUUGGCUUCUGGACUGCAAAUCAAUAUUUAUAUAGUAGAUAUGCUAUUGUGUGGAGGGAUUCAAUUUGUUUACCUUUUGUUGCUUGAACAAUGUGGAACCAUUUCCAGUCACUACUCCAGCAGAGGAAUUCUGACCACUAUCGCUAGAUAUCUUAAAUCAAGAGAUAGACAGAAACAUAGGAUGCCUUUAAACCUUAGCUAUUUAUCUUAAAAGCGAGAAGAGAGUUGUAAUUAUUGGUGGCAUAUUCUUAUUUUCUAGCAAUACAAACAGCUGUAGAUAGAGUCCGAAUUCUUCCAUUCUGCAUCCACAUGAAAAGGAAUGCAAUAUCAAACCAGACUCUGUGUGUAUUGUGGCACACAUAUGCAUUUCAUCUUCCACUGAUGCUUUCUAUUGAUCUUUCACUCCACUGAAUAAUCUUGUCAUUCUUAACUAGGAUCUGAAUCCAUCUAUGGGAAGACUCAUUGGUUUCAGAAAGAGCCGAAUCAGAUCUUUAAAUUAGAGUACAUAACUCUCUGUACAGUUCGCUUCUCUUGUAAAAAGAGUUUUUGCUAUUGUGAGUUUGGAUUUGAGCAAAAACAUACUGUUCAGGUUUGUAAGAUUGUAGCUGUUUCUACAGUAGUAAUUCUAAUUCCUUUACCUAGACAGUGGUAUACACAGAAGUGGUAUUAUUAGGUAUGCAUCGGGAGAGUAACUUCAAAACAUAGGAAAUGACUACAGCAUUUAUUUAACUGAAUUGUACAUAUUUUUAAAGCUUCCUUGAUUUCAGAAAACAUUAAGAGACAUUUGAAUAUAUAACUGCAGUAGAAAUAAGACAAUAAAAUAGCUGUUUAUUUUCAUUAUGAAAGAGAGGUUUAUGGCUCAGAAAGAAUGAGGAAUUAAAUACAAAUUAAAAGCAUGACUUUUAGAAAAAGCCACAGUUAUGCAAUUAUAAUUAAGGUCCAGGGCCAUUUUUUGCUUUCUGCCCUCGGAUAGUCUGCUGGAAGUCAGCAGAAGAUAUAAAUAGGAUUUAUGACAUGAACCAGAUGCUAGUUUCAAGCAUUGUGACACAGAUCCAGAGCAGCUUUAAAUCAGUGGGGUAAACCUGGACCUAUAAUGGUAUAAAUAUAAACAGAAUUAUAUGUUUUGUCUUAAAUUAAUUGAAUUUGAGCCUUCUAGGCUCCGUGCAUUCUGAACUUACUUUCCUUAUGUUGCAUAUAAAGGACUAUUUGCACAAUUUUGUCAAGCAUCAUCAGCCAAAUUUUACUCAUAACGUUGUUACCUCCAUUUGCUAUUUGGCCUUUAACUUUGAUUUUAAUUACUGUACAUGUACCUCUAUGCAAGACAACACUGCACAUAAAUGCACAAUUCACUUCUGUACCACAGCAACUUUAAAAUCUUCUCAGUAAAAGUAUGCCUGUACUUUUUGCAAGGGUGUUUUUUCUGUGGUUUAAAACAAAGAUUCUGGAUUUUGAAGACAAUCUUUGUGGCACUGUUUGUUCCUCCGCAUUUGUGCAUCAUCUUUGCAGCUGUUUGUCAGAAGUGUUUCCUGUUUUACAAGGAUAUUAAAAGAUUUCUGAAAACACUGAA